AUGUCACCGACGCCGCAAGGUAUCAAACAGUUGCGAGCGUCGCGAGGUUAUACAAAAUCCUCCAUUACACGUUUAUACACAUUUGCUUCUAAUCAAAAUGAUAUCGAUCUCAGUCAAUUGCCGCUUUGCUUGCAAUGCCGACAAUUGACUGAGAUCGAAGAACGAAUUGUGGAAUUGUUCGCCGAAUAUGAGGACUGCAACAAGCAAAUUUUAGCCUUGGACGAAGCGGACGCGGAAGUUGUAGCAGACUUUGAGGCAAAUAUCCUCACAAUCCUCAACGAGGCAAUUAAAAGCAAAUCUUCUGCCUCGUCUGACAUACCUGCGUCCUGCCAUAACAAUUACAAGGCCAAGUUGCCUACAAUCAAACUUGAAACAUAUACUGGUAAGUAUAGCAAAUACACAGGAUUCAUUAACUUGUUCAAAGCAAUAAUUCACAACGACAGGUCAAUUUAUAACGUCCAAAAAUUAUAUUAUUUGCGCUCGUUUCUCACAAACGAACCUUUUGACUUGAUAAAGAACCUUCCUCUAACCGAACGUAGCUAUGAAGAAGCGCUUAAGCUUUUAGAGGAACGCUAUAACCAUAAAUUCAAGAUUGUAAAUGAACACAUUAAUUCCUUGCUUGAUAUAAACGUCUUGGUCAAAUCGAACCCUGUAAAUUUAAGACAGUUUGUAUCAUGUGUUAAACAAUGUUUGUCUGCGUUAAAAAAAUUAUGUGCUACACAUAGCUGGGAUCCUAUCAUUAAAUUUAAAUUAGAUACCUACACGUCACGGGUAUACCAAUUGGAGCGCAGUGACACUGAGGAACCCACUGUCACCGAGUUCCUGCUGUAUUUGGAGAAGCGCGCCUUGGCACUAGAGAAUGCUGAGCCGCCUACUCCCGGGAAGUCUCACCAGAAAGCAGCGGUAAAUGUGACAGCGAUUUCGGGAGCAACGGCCUCAUCCACCUGCACCUAUUGUAAGUCAAAUCACAAACUAUUUGACUGUAGCAAAUACAAAAUGCUAACUAGCAGUGAAAGGAUAGCUUUCAGCAAAAAUAAUAAUCUAUGUUCUGUCUGUCUAAAUAAACACAAUGGAAAAUGCCGCUUUCAUUUCCGGUGCAAUACAUGUAAGCAAUCUAAUAGUACCUUACUACAUCCGGACUCGGCUAACCAACCCCAAGUUUCUUUGGUAUCAAAUGUGGUGCACAAUGGAGUAUUAUUGCCCACAGUCAGAGUGAAGCUUUAUUCACGGACAGGUAGUGAGGAGGUUCAUGUGAAAUCCCUUUUAGAUUGUUGUUCUCAAAGCUCUAUAGCCACUACUAAAUUAAUUAAUAUUUUAGGAGUUAGGACUGACCCCUAACAAGGACAACAGUAAUAUAAUUGGUGUCAGAGAAACAAGCACUGAUACACAGUAUUUUAUACCUUUAGAUGUAUAUUCCUUGGCCAUGCCUUACCAAGUGACAGCUAAUUGAAAUGUAAUGGACAAAAUCACCUGCAAACUCCCACAAAAUAAGAUAAAUUUGGACACAAUUAAUAUACCUGAUAGGGUCACUCUGUCUGACGUUGAUUUCCAUCAGCCGUCUGAGAUCAAUUUACUUCUAGGGGCGGACAUAUUUUUCCAAGUCCUUCUUCUGGAGCCAGUUCCUGGUCUGCAGGAAGUAUCAGCGCAGCCUGAUAAGCAGGCAGCCAGUCCACCCUACCAUUGUAAAUACAAACUUUGGCUACAUCAUAGUUGGGGCUUUGCCGCGACCACAUAUGUAACUGUGACAAAAGUAAGGUAACGCUUUUAUGUACACAAUGUGACUCAAGCCUUAAUGAUAAUCUGCAACAAUUUUGGAACGCAGAAAGCAUCCCUGAAAUUUUUUGUGAAAGCAUAUCUGAGCAUGAACAGUGUGAACACAUAUUUCAGAACACUACUGUUUUGGAAAACAACAAGUUUCAGGUUAACUUGCCUUUAAAAAUCCUUUUUAGAGAAGUCAAUGAUGUGCUUGGUAGCUCUUUUGAUAUGGCUUAUUAUAGGUUCCUUAACCUCGAAAAAAAAUUGCAUAAAAAUAUAAAUUCUCUAUCAGAUUAUGAAAAGUUCAUUGAUGAAUAUGUAGACUUGAAGCAUGGACACUAUACUGAUUUCAAUUAAUUGGAUUUUGAGAAUAAUCUGUGGAUCAAAGUGGUGAAUAGAUUAUAAAAAUAUUGCCAUUCUGUGUAAUGUCAUUCCGCUAAACAUCGGGAUAGUGAUUCGAGGUAAUUUCAUGUCACUGAUCGACGCUUGAUUGCCUGACCUAUUUUCUGUUUUGUUGACUCUCGUGUCGGUAUGAAACUUGUGUAAAACUGUUGUAAAAUAUAUAUAAUAACGUUCUUCAAAAGUGUCGUACAGAUCUUCCGUGAAGUAUUAUAAUUUGCAUUUGUCUUCUUCUGAAACUGUGGUAAUCAACUUUUGAUAGAUGCUUUUGAAUUCCUUAUAGUUAUUUUCUAAGGUUUCUAAUCGUCCUUGUAAGUAUCCAAGCGUAAUUCUUUCUUUUGGAGACUUUUUGUAGUUCACGUGGGCCUUUUCCGGUAUUUCUAAACUGUCUAUUUAUAGAGCAAUAAGUUUCUCCGUCGUAUUCAUGUUUAAUGAGAAUUUCGUAAAUAUUAUCUAAGUACCUUCGUAAAUAUAUCGUAGACUAUUUGUAUACUUCACUGUCCUUCGUAUUUUAACUAUCCGGUUCGGUUUUGGGCCAUGUUUACGUGACUGAUAUAGUUAUUGGCCGCCCCAUAGUAAUUAGCCACAAGAGUGGAGACAGAAAGAAACAAGCAAAUAGAAACGUUCACGCGGAUGAAUGAGACAAAAAUAUUACCUUUGUUUCGC